AACAAUAUUUAGUGAAUUACAACAACAUAACAACAACCUUUGGAACGUGCAACUGUUUUUUUUAUCACAGAUAACAUAAAAAUCGAUAAAUUUAAUAGUAAAUAGUGUUGUGUCUUACGAGACGAUUGUGUUUAAGUAAAAUUUAAGAUGAACCAAAUAUUACCCAUGAAGGUCUCUCUGCUGCUGCUGAUGAUGACCUCGUCAGUCAUCGGGUACAACAUUCUUUGCCUCCAUCACAUCCCGUCCAUCAGUCAUCAUAACUUAGCCAAGGGUAUUGUACAGCCGUUAUUGAAGGCUGGUCAUAAGGUGACCUGGGUUACUCCGUAUCCUGACAAGACAUCAACAAACAUUAACUUGACUGUCAUAGAUGUCAGCUUUUUGACUGCGUUCUCACAAUCCAUGGAAACCAAGGUCACCAGUUUCUCUGCCAUCAAAACCCUGACUCGCAACAUAUCCACAGCGACUAUCCAUCACCCUGAGGUCAGAUCAGCGCUGGUGGAAAAUAAAUAUGACGCUGUCGUCACAGAGUGGUUCUUAUCAGACAUGGAGGCUGGAUAUGCAGCUGUCCAGCAAGCUCCUUGGAUCCUGUUCAGCGGAGUCAUCUACCAUCCGCACUUGGAGUAUCUCAUUGACACCACACGCUCCAUCCCAGUGCAUCCCACAAUGAUAUUUCACUUCCCCAUCCCCAUGAGCUUUUUACAGAGAUCGUUGAACACUAUCAUUUAUGUUAUAACAAAAUUGGACUCUAUUAAGGAAUCUUUUGUCCACGCAUCUCUAUACGACGAGUGGUUCUCUCCACUCGCCGCUGCCCGCGGAGUCACUCUCCCUCCGUUUUCAGAGGCUGUCCAUAAUAUAUCAAUAUUAUUUAUCAAUUCUCAUCCAUCGUACUCGACUCCGAACGUACUUCCACCUAAUGCCAUAGAAAUCGGAGGCUUCUUUGUCGACGAAACUCAGGAACUGCCAAAGGACCUCCGGAACCUCGUCGAUGGAUUCCGACAAGGCUUCAUAUACUUUAGCAUGGGCUCGCUGCUGAAAUCCUCCAAUUUUCCACAAAAGAUGAAACAGGAACUGGUCAAAGUUUUGGGAGAACUUCCUUUUCCGGUUUUAUGGAAAUACGAAGAAGACAUUGAAAACUUACCAAAAAAUAUACACUUGAGAAAAUGGAUCCCCCAAGUUAGCGUACUGGCACAUCCAAAUAUCAAACUCUUCAUCACGCAUUGCGGUCUGCUGAGUUCUUUGGAAGCUCUUCAUCAUGGAGUACCGAUGUUGGCUGUCCCGGUAUUUGGCGACCAGCCUCAUAAUGCUGAUACCGCGACGAGAGAGGGAAGAGCUAUUAGAGUCACCUUCGAUGAGAACUUGCCAGAAAACUUGCAGGCCGGCUUGAAGCAAAUGUUGAGCGAUGACAAAUACAACCAGCGCGCCAAGUACCUCUCCAAGUUGUUCAGGAAUCGUCCCGUGUCGCCAGCGUCACUCAUCAAUCAUUACAUUGAACUGGCCAUUGAGACCAGAGGAGCUCAACAUCUCCGCUCUAAAGCUCAACUGUACUCCUGGUACCAACUUCUGAUGCUGGACCAGCUGGCUUUCUUCAGCCUCGUCUUUUAUCUAAUAUUCAAGAUGAUCAAAAUGUUGAUAUUAUUUGUAAAAAAAAUGUUUAAAAAUGAUAAGAAAAAAACUGAAUAGUCAUCGAGGGAGACGUCAAAUAAAGGGUAUUUUUUUUUGUUAAUAGUUAUUAAGA